AUGAGGGCCAACGAAGAAGGCAACAACACACCGUCCAAUGUCACGGCAGCACGGCCGAUUCAGAAACGCAAACGAGAGAGUGGCGGAUCACGCGUAGUGUCGAAUAAAUCGGCUCGGACCAGCACACCCAACGCCUACGCUCGCCGAUCACCGCCACCAGCAAGACGUACUGAUAAAGACGAGGAUGACAAACGCCGAAGCAAAGCCCGCGAACCCUCCCACUCUCGCUCACGAUCACCAUCACCCGUCCGCCAGCUUAAACGACCAGGAGGUGGUGCCCGCAUAUCCCGCGAUCAAGCCGAGGCUGCUCGGCGGCAACGAGAGGAAGCCGAGAGGAGCAACCUCGCCUCGCGGACGGCAACGGGAGCAGAGCUGGUGGCAGAACAUUACAAUGCUGUGCCCGAGCGAGGCCGAGAAUGGCGGAAGACGGACUCACAGAUCAAGGGUCUACGAAGCCUCAACAACUGGAUCAAGAGCACACUCAUCCAAAAGUUCUCGCGCCCCGACAUACCACCUCAGGACGGACUAAAGGUGCUAGACAUGGCGUGCGGGAAGGGAGGGGAUCUGGGGAAGUGGGAGAAGGCGCCGACCGUGCCUGCCUUAUACGUGGGGUGUGACAUAGCAGAAGUCAGUAUUGAGCAAGCACGAGGCAGAUACAGCGAGAAUAUGCGCAAGGGUGGAGGACGAGGGGCCAGAGGCGGUGGUCGAGGCGGCUAUGGACGGCCUCCACCCAUGGACGCGCAUUUCUUCGUGCAAGACACUUUCGGCCAACCCCUCUCUAACAUACCCAUCGUGCGCCAAGUCGGCUUCAAUCCGAAUGCUGGACCCGGACCUAGCAUUAUUCAAGGCGGCAUGAUGAGUGGUGGGUUUGAUGUAGUGAGCAUGAUGUUCGCUCUCCAUUACUCUUUCGAGAGCGAGACACUGGCACGUGGUAUGCUGAAGAAUGUGGCCGGGGCGUUGAAGAAGGGCGGGAGAUUUAUUGGUGUCAUGCCUGACAGCGAUGUGAUUUCAGCAACCGUCAAGAGGCUAUUGCAAGCAGAAGGGUUGGGUGCAACACCAGGAAACAAAUCUGGAUCGCAGAGUGUGAAUCAUGGGAACGGUGACGCAAAUGGUGCGCAGGAGGCCGACCAGGAAGAUGAUUGGGACCCCGAGAAGCCUGCGGAUGGGAAUGGCGAGGCGGGGGACGAAGAUUGGGACCCGGAGAAGCCUUCAGACGCUGUUACAGAGCCGGUAUCGAACGGUCAGACCACGACUACAGAUGGCGCUGGAGACGAGGAGUGGGAUCCGGAGAAACCUGCAGAGCCUACUCCCACGAUAAACGCGCACACCAAUGGCGACAAGAGCACGAAUGGAUCUCAUGAGCAGCCCAAUUCCAUCCCAAUCCACGAAGGCUCAAUAGAAUGGGGCAACAGCAUUUACGCCGUCCGCUUCCCGCGCCAUCAACCCCUCACCUCCCGCCCCCUCCCGAAAGAUGGCAUAUUCCGCCCCCCCUACGGCUGGAAAUACCACUACAGUCUCGAAGAAGCCGUCAACGCACCAGAGUUUGUGGUACCGUGGGAAGGCUUCCGUGCUUUAGCCGAGGACUACGGACUCGAACUCCUGUACCGCAAAGGCUUUAGGGAGGUCUUUGAGGAUGAGAGCGAGGAUCGGGAACUAGGGCAGUUGGCGGAGAGGAUGGGGGUGAUGUCUAGGGAUCGGAGCGAGGGGAGGGGUGGAUUGUUGGUCAGGGAGGAGGAGAUGGAGGCUGCUGCUUUCUAUCAUGCUUUUUGCUUUUACAAGACGUGA